AUUUGGAAGGUUGAAUUGAAAGACCUGUUGCUUUUGUUGCAAAGUGUUCUUUGUGACCUUGAUAUUUGCUCCCUCGGGACGCACAGAGUUUGACUGAUCAUCAUCCUGUCAAAGCAAUCAAGAUAUCAGUGAAAUUUCAUGUAGGGAUGGCUGGCCAGAACAUCGAACUCAGUGAAUUUGACUUUGGGGAUGAGUUUGAAAAUUACACUAAUGGAGAAUACCCAUUAGUUGAUCUCGCCAUCGCCCCUUGCACUCCUCUGGUUAAUGGAAAUUGGAUCAACAUCAUGUUGGCUGUUGUCUACAGCCUGGUGUGCUUCCUCGCCGUGACGGGGAACCUGGUGGUAAUGACCGUCAUACUUUACAACCGACGCAUUGCAUCAUCUAUUGACAUCUACCUGCUCCAUCUGGCCACGGCAGACCUGCUCUUUGCCCUCUCUCUGCCCUUCUGGGCAGUAGAUGCCAUAUCAGGGUGGGUGUUUGGUGAUGCCAUGUGUAAGGUUGUCAGCAUGUUACAGGAGGUGAACUUUUACAGUGGGAUCCUGCUGCUGGCCUGCAUCAGUGUGGACCGUUACCUGGCCAUUGUCCACUCUGCCCAGUCCCACAAGCAGAAGAGGCCGUUUCUGACCAAACUGGUCUGUGGUGUUGUGUGGGUGAUGGCAGUUCUUCUGUCCUUACCCGUUCUCUACAAGGGCGAGUUUAUUUACUCCGGCAGGACCCUGUGUUAUGAGACCCUCGAUGGUGAAUCAGCCGCAACCUGGAGAAUCACCACCAGGUUCCUGCGUCACCUCAUUGGGUUCCUCAUCCCACUGGGGGUCAUGGUCUUCUGCUACAGUGUCACCAUCCACAGACUGUGUCAAAUGAAAGCACUGCAGAAACAGAAAGCCAUGAAGCUCAUCAUCGCCGUGGUGCUUGCUUUCUUCAUUUGUUGGCUGCCCCACAACAUAACCGUGCUCAUCGACACUCUGAUGAGGAGCAAGCUCAUCGCCGAGACUUGUGACAGGCGCAACCACAUCGACAGGGCUCUGUCUGUGACCCAGAGUCUGGGAUUCCUGCAUUGUUGCAUUAACCCAAUCUUAUACGUGUGGAUUGGAAUAAACUUCAGGAGGAAUCUGGUCAAUCUCCGAGCUGCAAAAGAAACUGUCAAACCAGGUGCCUCAUUGCAGUGGGGAGGAACUGUAUUGUCUUCUGAGUCUGGAAGCGGGGGAGUGAGAUUGAUGGGAUUGCUCUGAGAGCCAGCAUUGACUCGAUCGGCUGAAUGGCCUCCUUCAGUGUUGCGAGAAAUAACAUCGAACAGUACAGGUCCAGGCCCUUCAGCCCGUGAUAUCUGUGCCAACCAGGGUGCCAAAUUAAACUAAUCCUAUCUGUCUAUACAUGGUCCAUAUCCAUCCAUUCCCUGCAUGUUCACGAGCCUGUCUAAAUGCCUUUUGCACUGCCCUAUCGUAUCUGCCUCCACCACCACCUCUAGCAGCCCGUUCCAGGCACCCCCCGCUCUCUGUGUAGAAAACUUACCCCAGACAUCUUUAAAUUCUCCCCCUCUCACCUUAAAGCUUUGUCCUUUGUAUUUGACAUUUUUACCCUGGGAAAAAAGAUACCGGCUGUCUAAUCUAUCUCUGCCUCUCAUAAUUUUAUAAACUUCUAUCAGGUCUCACCUCAGCCUCUGAAGCUCCUGAGGAAACAAUUUAAGUUUGUCCAACCUCUUACAGCUCAUACUGUCUAAUUCAGGCAACAUCCUGGUAAAUGUCUUCUGCACCCUCUCCAAAGCUUCCACAUUGCUCCUGUAAUGGGGCGACCAGAACUGCACACAAUUCUCCAAGUGUGGCCUGACCAAAGUUUUAUACAGGUGCAACAUCACUUCCUGACUCUUAUGCUCAAUGCCCCGCCCAACAAAGGCAAGCACGCCAUACCCUUCUUUACCAUGCCAUUCACUUGUGUAGCCACUUUCAGGGAGCUGUGGGCUUGCACUCCAAGGUCCCUCUGUACAUCUAUGCUGUUAAGGGUCCUGUCAUUAACUGUGUACUUUCCCCUUACAUCUGACCUCCCAAAGUGCAACACAACUUGCCCUUCAUCUGCCAUUUCUCCGCCCAUAGCUGUAACUUAUCUUUAUUGCACUGUAUCUUUGCCAGCCUUCUUCACUGUUCACAACUCCACCAAUCUUUGUGUUGUCUGUAAACUUACUAACCCACCCACACUAACCCAAUCGACACUUUCAUAGAACCAUAGAACAAUACAGCACAAUACAGGCCCUUCGGCCCACCAUGUUGUGCCAACCUUCAAACCACACCUGUCUAUCUAACCCCUUCCUCCCACAUAUCCCUCUAUCUUAAAUCUUAAAUCUUUUCAUCCAAGUCAUUUCUAUGUAUAUAUAUAUAGAAAUGUUAUCUCUUCAGCAGUGUUACACAACAGUUAACACUUCAGGCUGAUGACCCUUCCCCAGAGUUGUUCUUUGAUUACAAAAUAUUUUGCAAUUUGAACUCGCAUUUCCUCAUUUGUCACCCACAAAGCUUCUGAUAAUUUUGAAUAAUUGUGGUCGCCAUCUCUUUCCGUGGGUCAAUCUGAAAUCCAGUGUGUGUUUUAUCCAAAGUAAGACUGCACUCUACAUCGUGACAGGCCAAGUGAACAUGAUCCCCUGUGUGUUCAAUAAACAUUUUGUGCCUGUUUACUGUUACACUUUGCAAGUUCUGUCAGGAUGCCUCUGAAACCAGCUUGAACUGAUAAUCUUGUUUGUUAUUGCAAUUAAUGGCAUGUUGCUAAUUUAUAAAAGUAAUUAAUAAAAGUUUGCUUUGUUGAUUAUUUGAUGACUAUUAAUAAUUAUGUAGUUUUUCUGAAAUGUGCACUUAAGAUUAAGAUAAGAUUUC